CCAGCAGAGCUGGCGCUGCACCCACGUAUUUGUUUUGGUCAGGUCCUCUUGUGGACAAUCGCACUGCCAUCAAUGUACAAAUGAUACGUCGUGCAGUCUCCGCGGCCGCCGGUGCUGCGACUUCCAUUCAGGUAUGUCGAUUCCUGGCACGCGAGCGGUCCGAUGAGGACUCCUUUGGCACGGCCGUCCAGCAAUUUCUCAUGUUCGACGCGCUGCGCGUCGCCGGCGCCGGCAUGCGAUACAUGCACGAUCGAGACUGCGCGACGUUCGAGCGAACGCAGCGGACGCUCCUCAGAGAUCUGCUAAGACAGAACGCGGAGACGGCCUACGGCCGGACGCACGGCUUCGGCGCUCUCGCGACCAGCGAGGACGUCGUCGGGGCCUAUCGCCGGCGCAUGCCGCUGGCCACGUACGCCGACGUGGAACCGUACGUCAAGCGCAUCGAGGCAGGCGAAGAAAAUGUGCUGAACGCGGCCGGCGAGACCAUGCUCGCGCGCACGAGUGGCACGUCGGGCCACGUGGCGCUCCUGCCGACGACGGCCGCGAUGUCGUCGACGUUCUUCGUCCGAGGUAUUCUGGUGGUCUUCGACGUGCUGGCGCGGCGCGGCUGCCUCGACCACCUGCAGCACUCGUGCAAGCUGGCUUUCCGGGCGACGCCGCGCUUCACGGACCGCGGUCUGCGCGUCGGGCCGAACUCGUCGGGGCCGCAGGAUCGUAGCUUCGAGAAGCUGCGGCGCGUGCUGUACUCAACACCGCGGGCUGGGUACGAGAUCCUAGACGACGAGGCCGCGCUCUUCGUGCACGCGCUCUUUGCCGCAAAAGACGCGAAUCUAGGACUCGUCGAGGCGAACUUCGUCACGCUGCCGGCGCGGCUCCUGGGCCUCCUCCGCGACGAGCGCAUCGCGCGGGCGAUCGAAACGGGCUCCCUUGAUGGUGAUAUACGGACGAGGAUCGGCAACGGCCCCGCCGACGAGCUGGAGGAGGCGCUGCGGGGCCCCGACGCAGAAAGAGCGGCGCAGCUCCGCGAGGCGGCGGCGGACGCGGGUCCCGGCCUCGCGCGGCGCGUAUGGCCGCAUCUCCGAUUCAUCCUGUCGAAUGGCACGGGCUCGUUCGCGCCGCAUGCGCAGCGCCUGCGAGAAGGGGCAGGGCGGGGCGUGCCGGUACUUUCUACGGUACUCGCCGCGUCGGAGGGAUUGAUUGGUGUUGGUCUGGAGCCAUCGGACGACGGCGACAGCGUGUAUUGUCUGGUGCCACGGGCCAUGUUCUUCGAGUUUCUGCCCCUGGAUGGCGACAAGGAGACGCUCCUCGCCGACGAGCUGUCGCCGGGGCAGCUCUACGAACUGGUCGUCACGACGCUUGGUGGGCUGUGCCGCUACCGCAUCGGCGACGUCGUCGAGUUCGUCAAGUACCACGAGGGACACGCGCCGGUCGUGCGGUUUCGCUACCGCGCGGGCCAGGUUCUCAACGUGCGCGGCGAGAAGCUGAGCGAGGAGGUCUUGCAAGGGGCGGUCGACGUCGCUCUCGGCAACGUGGACUUCGCGGCGUACGAGUGCCACGACGACGCGGCGGCGCCGGGCUACGACGUCGUCGCCGCGAUGGAUUGGGAUCCCGACGCCUCGGAGCGCCUCGACGACGCCCUGCGGAAGGCGUCUCCAAUAUUUGACAAUUGGCGCACCAAGGGCGGCAUCGCGCCGACGCGCGUCAUUCCGGCGUCGCCGGAGGCGUUUGAGGCCUACCGGCGGCAUCACGGAGGCUCGCCGCAGCAGUUCAAGCAGCCGCGGGUCCUGAGGCAGCCCGACGACGCGCGCGCCCUGCUCGCCGGCGAGGCGUCGACGGCGCCUCCAGCCAAAGCGGAGCCGGGCACGUUAAGGGCGGUAGCUGAGUUCGCGCGGCGCCACGGCGUCGCGGCGGCGGUGGCGCCCCCUCGAGAGACGCCUCCUCCGGCGGCGGCCCCCGAAACGCCGCCACGUCGUCGAGCGUGGUGGAGGAGGUGGUAGGAUGUUUGUGUGAGUUAUUUUAAGAAGGUGAUUGGUCCCAA